CUUGAGAUAUAUUUGCUUCUUUUUUUGAAAAAAAAAAAAACGAGGUCGAGAAAUCAAAUCUUUAGUUUAGAAUGUAGAUAACCAGUCAAUUGAGCUAUUAAAAUUUUUUUCGUAACACAAUUGAUUUUUGAAUUUUAUGUGACCAUUAAAGUGUUAGAAAAAUGAUUAUCUUAUAGCAACCUUCUCUUUAAUUUCCCUAUGUAUAUCAACCUUCUCUUUGAUAGUUUGAUUUCACACCUUGAAAGCAUAUCUUAUAUCAAUUAAAAAACAAACAAUGAGUGUUUGGAUAGGUGCAAGAGAGCUUUCAAUUGAAUGGGCAGAAAAUCCUCAAUAUUGGACUUGGAACUACAUUCACAACUCUGGUGUGGAAGUAGCUGAGCUUGUGAAUGUUUGUUGGCUCGACAUUCGAGGAAAGAUAGACACAAGUCGACUAGCUAGAAAGACUAGUUACUCGGCCUAUUUGGUGUUCAAGCUGAAAGAUAAUCAUCGCGAACUUGAAAAAGCCAUUGCAUCGGUUAGAUUUGUGAAGGAAAAACCCGAGGGGACUGAUGAAGAGGGCUACACUGUUUUCCUCUCAAAGGCGAAGGGAUAUGAAGGAGAACGUGGAAGAUUUCCUCAUCAUCGAAGCGAUGGAUGGACGGAAAUAAAGCUAGGUGAAUUUUUCAACAACUUUGGUGAAGAUGGUGAAGUUGAAAUGAGGUUGAUAGAGAACAAAAACCCUAAUUGGAAAUGUGGGAUUAUUGUUAAGGGCAUCGAUAUUCGUCCAAAUUAAAAAGAAAUCGAUCUAGGGCUAUUUUUAUUCGGGCAUAAAUGGAAGUCAUGUCUGGCCCUCUAUAUGUUUUAUGUACUAUUGCCUCGGUUUGAUUCAGAGUACGAGAGUCAAACUAAACAGAAUAGUACUAUUUUUAUGUUGUGUUUGUUUUGUUUUGUCUUUUGUGUUGUUUAUGACAUUUCUUCAAGUUUGUCAGUUGUGUUAAAGAGUACUGAGCUUGAAUCAGUACUUUUUUGUGUGUGUAUUUUCUACCCGAUUUCAAAGAAAUAAGAGAUUUUAUGGCUCUUACUAGUUAAA